GCUAUGUGCCAUCUCGCAGGCAUAUAUAUUUCCUCCAUAUAAAACGGUCGCGACGCGCGCACGCAUCAGUUAGUGACGGAACCACAGAGGACUAGCACGCAACGAUGAACAGUCUAUACACAGUAGUGGUGUUGGCGUGUGUGGCCGCUGCGCAGGCGCAGUUCCCCAACGGACGCAUCUUGGAGCCCCCGGUGCCCUCGCAGUGCGUGCAGAGAGUCAUCCACGAGAGAUAUGCUGAUAACAAGGGAUACUUCUUUUCAUGGCGGGACCCGGCGCUCCGAGGUGUGGAGGAAGACUGGCUUAGUGCCAGGAACUACUGCCGGCAGCGCUGCAUGGACCUUGUUUCCUUGGAGACCAGCGAUGAGAACGAGUGGGUCAAGGCCAGAAUAGUGCAGGAUAAGGUAAAAUACAUCUGGACAUCGGGUCGCCUCUGCGACUUCAAGGGAUGCAACCGUCCUGACCUGCUUCCCAACGAAAUCAACGGCUGGUUCUGGACCGCCGAGCUGCAGAAACUGGCGCCCACCACUAACCGCCAGCAGAAUGACUGGUCCGAGGGCGGCGGCAUCGGCAAACCACAACCUGACAACCGGGAGCUGAUCCAAGGCGGCGCGGCGGAGCACUGUGUAGCCAUCCUGAACAACUUCUACAAUGACGGCGUGCAUUGGCAUGAUGUGGCCUGCCACCACAGGAAGCCCUUCGUCUGUGAGGAGAACGACGCCCUUCUCAAAUACGUGCGCUACACCAACCCCAAUCUCAGGGUCUAGACUUCUAGAUCUCCAAGAUCCAUAGCUGCGGCUGAACUAGGUGAAGACGAUCGAACAACUUUCUCGCGAUAAUAAUAGUAAUAGAAGGGCAUUAUGAUAUCGAAUUCCAAUUCCUAUAGCAAUGUACAUGUGAGAAAUAAUUUGAUUCUAUCAUUUUAAAAAAUCAUAACAUGGCAUAGAUGAUACGAACGAUAGAAAUUAGUCGAAUAUCUGCAUGGAAUAACAUCAUGCCCUAACACAGACACUGCCAAAAGUUGUUUUAAUGUAAGUUUUCUACAAAUUAUUACUAAAGGUGCUAGCUUUAAGUAUACCUCAUCACAACCGUAUUUAUUAUUUCAGUAUUGUUUUGAAGUAGUCAUGCAAGAGAUUGUUUAACUGUAAGAUGUGUCAAUAAAGACUGCUAUAAUAUUUAA